CCCUUCUUUCUCUAAUAUAUAGUCCUCGAUCCUCUGAUUGAUUUGAUCUCCAAGCAAUUUUAAACCAGCAGUAAUUAUUUAACAAUGGCCAAGUCUAGUAUUAUCAUCCUUGCUUCAGCCCUUUGCUUCCUGUCCUUCAUCAACAACGCUUACAGCGAAGACAAGACAACACUCCAGGUUGAAGGCGUAGUCUUUUGUGACAGCUGCCGCAUCCAGUUCAUCACCAGAAUCAGCGAGCUUAUACAAGGUGCAAAGGUGAAGUUGGAAUGCAAGGACCGCGAAAGUGGUAGCAUAACAUACAGCAAGGAGGCCGAGACCAACGAGCAAGGAAGGUACUCAAUUGAAGUGGAUAGUGACCAUGAGGAGGAGGAUUGCGAGGUCGUCCUGGUGAGCAGCCCCAACGAGGACUGCAACGAGAUUAACCACGACUUACACCAACAAACCAGCGCGAGGAUUAGUCUCACAAAACACAAUGGAAUUGCCGGACCGGUGCGCAUUCCGAACCCUCUUGGCUUCAUGAAGAAGGAAGCUGCUCCUGAGUGCCCUGAGGUGCUCAAGGAGCUUGGACUCACCCCGGAUGGCAACAUCGAAUAAGUUGUUAUCAGUCGAUCAUUUCUUACAUUAUGAAAUAGAAAUCUUCCCUCUAAGUUCGAGUUGUAUUCAAUAAAUGCGUUCAUAUAAUUUCCCUAUUCAUUUCAUUAUGCAGUAGUAGUUCAGGGAAUUUUUUCUUUUCAGUGUUCAUACUUCAUACACCGGCCUGGCUAAGCCUUCUGUGUGGCUUAUGAGCUAUAGUACUAGUUGAGUAGUACUCCUUUUUACAUAUAUUAGUUGGUCUGGUUCCGAUAAUUGAUGGUUUAAUUUAUACAUGCAUUUGGUACUA